CGUGCCCUUCCAACCCAAGCGAUAGCAUCCAAGAUUUAUCGCAUGAAGUUAUGGGCUACUAAUGAAGUCAGGGCAAAAUCCAAGUUCUGGUACUUCCUGAGAAAACUAAAGAAGGUGAAGAAAAGUAACGGCCAAGUCCUUGCUAUUAACGAGAUAUUUGAGAAAUAUCCAACCAAGAUCAAGAACUAUGGCAUCUGGCUCCGUUACCAGAGCAGGACUGGCUACCACAACAUGUACAAGGAGUACAGAGACACUACAUUAAACGGCGCAGUCGAAUAUUUGUACAAUGAGAUGGCUUCUCGUCAUCGUGUUCGCUUCCCAUGCAUUCAAAUCAUCAAGACUGCAACUAUUCCCUCAAAGCUCUGCAAACGGGAGAGUACCAAACAAUUCCAUGACUCAAAGAUCAAGUUCCCUCUUGUGUUCAAGAAGGUUAGGCCACCAUACAGGAAGCUCAAGACUACCUUCAAGGCAUCCAGACCCAAUCUCUUCAUGUAAAAGAAGCCAUGAUUGCUUUUUUU